GACAACUUGACAUUCGUUCGUUUUUUGGGGUUAGAUUUUAAUUCUAUGGUCAAAUUUUCUAAAAAUAACUGAGAUAUUUUAGUAGUAUUCCGUAAUUUUUAAAUGGAUUCCAAUAUUUUAGGACCUGAAUGGAACCUGUCACCCGAUGGUAUAAAUUUAGUUAGCGAAAAUGGUACUUUAAAAGACAAAAAGAAGUUACUUGAAAAUGCCUUAAAUUUAGAUCUCAAAUCCAUAGGAAAACCUGUAUUAGCAAGUGUCCUGUCCAAAUCGCGUAUUGAAAAAAUAGUUCUUCAAAUCCAAAAAAUUCGCAAUGUCUCAGCACCCAAAGCUAAAGAGAACUCCCAGCUUGCACCUCGGAUGUUGAAGCUAACUUUAACAGAUGGAGAAUCGUAUGUACAAGCCAUAGAAAUAUCUGUAAUUAAUUCUAUAAGUAGAGAAAACACAGCCCCAGGAACGAAAAUCCUUAUAAUCGAUGCCAAUCUAGUUUCAGGAUAUUUAUUAAUAAAUUCUCAAAACUGCAAAGUUUUAGGUGGUAGAGUAGAACAUCUGUAUGAGAAAUGGCUGCUAGCGAAAAGUGUACAACAAAAUCAUCAAUAUGUGUCAAGUGAUGGCGCACCUCCAUGGGUUGCUUUCGGUUGUAAAAUAUCAACUGGUAACGAAGAUAAAACCUUUAAGUCCUUGGAUAAAAGCAAAGAUCCCAAUAGCAAUAGUGAAUUCGAGCAACAGCGCAAAGAUGCCAUUGCAGAAGCUUCAACAGGUGCUAUAAAAAAGACGUUUGGUGGCAGAGUAAAGCAAAAUGUUCAGGCAACACAAAAUACUCAACAGCAAUAUAGAGGCAAAGGUAGACCUGAUAGGCCAGAACAGCCUGAUAGAGGCAGAAAAGGGAAAUUUGCUCAAAAAGAAGAGGACGGAGGUUUUGAAAAGUUCCAAAAACCAUCGGAAAAAAUAUCAUUAUUUUCAUUUCUUGAAGAUAAACUGCCAAUAACCGAAACUAAAAAAGACACAUACACCAAACCUGUCUUUAACCAAGAAACUAAAAGUAAACCUUACUCAGAGAGAAGCACUAAUCAAAACUACAAUAAUAACCAACCUUAUAAAAAAUACGAACACGGAAAACCUGAACAAAGUAAUAAUAGUUUUAAUUAUAAUCGAGGUGACAGUUCUUAUAAUAAUCGAACAACCGGAAAUAGGCCAGAUUCAUAUCAAGGAAACAGACCUAGAAAUGACAGGAGUCAAUUACAGCCACCGGUGCAAAACAGAGUACAAAACCAAGGUUCCUAUAGUGCAAAUUCAACAACUAGUCGACAGCAGUAUUACGAUAAUCAAAAACCAACUCAAAAUGUUAGUCAGAACUCUGCCAAUGUUCAAAAUAAUGUAGAUAUGCAUAAUUUGGCAGCAAAUUUGUCGAAAAUGUCGGUUAAUAAUGAGUUUGCCAGUCGGAGUUUGAAGCAACACCUGAAUUUGGCAGGUCCUGUCAAAAAACAGGAAGCGAAUGCUGUACCGAAUGGACCUAGUAAUGAUUUGAGGAUAGGUGACAGGUGUAUGGCGAGAUAUUGGGAAGACGGAAAAUUGUACAAUGCAAUAAUAACAGCUGUAACGGAAAAAACUUACGCUGUACAGUUCACUGGUUAUGGAAACAUCGAAGAAGUGUUAAAACACGAUUGUUUCAGUCCAUUUGACGGAAAAAAUCAACAGUUUAGAGGUCAAAAUAGUUCUACAAAUAAUUUCUCAGGAAUGCCUACUGAAUUUAGACGACGAGGCCCGCCAAGAAAAUAACGAAUAGCAAUAAGACAAAGCUUUAUUUUUCUGUUAACACUAUUUAUUAUCAAUUAUAACAUUUUACAAACUAUUUAAUUUAUGUUUCUCAACUUUUUUUGUAACAAGACAAUAUAAAAAUAUAUUAUUUACCAAAUAAA